GAAGGUUUAUGUACAUUUUAACAGAAUUCUCUCAAUUUCCAGUAACAAUAUUAUUGCCUUCCUUGACUUUGUCUUCUACAUUCCAAUCUGUUCACCUGAUUAAUGAUCUGGACUCAAGUUAUAUCUGUAUCAAUCUGAAUUAAACCCGCCCUAUACAGUAACCCCACUCUACACGGUGGAUGUACACGGGGACUGUUUGCUUUGGGGCAUGUCUCGGUACAGUCCCAGUACACAGCGCUGAACUUGUAAGCAGCGCGUUUGCAUUGCUUGUGAGGAGGUUGGCUGCUGUGGGAGCGUCGUUGCUAAGCAGGCUAGUGCGUGGAAGAGCCUGUUGAUUCAACAAGGAGGAAGCGCGACAUUGCGCUUGGACAGCUUUGCACGCCGAGUUCAAUUUGAAACGCGUAUUAUAAUGAUGGUUAUUAUUACCCGUCUGGAAGCAGAAUUUACUGGGCUGCGUGGAAUGAGUGGACCGUCGUGUCUGUGAAUGUGAACGCGCGCAUGGUGGUGCUGUGCUAUGGGAUGGACGGAGCCCAGCUGGAUGAGUACGAGGUUCGACUGAAGGAAGUCUUCGACGGUUUCGACGGCAGCGGCUCGGGAUCCCUGUGCCAGGAGGAGCUCUCGGACCUGUGCCAGGCUCUGCAUCUGGAGGAGGCAGCACCGGCACUGCUGAGGGAACUGGUGCAGGAGGGCAACCUGUCGGACAGGGUUCCUUUCGAGCAGUUUAAGGACGCGCUGAUCCUCGUGUUGUCAACGACGCUAGGAGGGCAUCCGUCGAGUGAAGAGAACAGCCAGGAGCCAGACUCGUCAGAGGUUAACCCCAAGUUCGUGAAGGACGGGAAACGAUACGGCCGUCGCUCGCUCCCCGAGUUCGGAGAGUCUAUAGAAGGGUUUGCUGAGGUCAGCGAGACCGAGCCCGCCGCUCCAGAAGAGAAUCCCCAAAACACCCCCACCUGGGACGGGUGCGAGCCCUGGAAGACAUCCACGCAAUACAGUGAGGAGUAUGAGGCUGAAGGUCAGCUGCGGCUCUGGAACCCCGAUGACCCUGGCACGCCCCGCGGGGGGCAGCCCCCCUCCCCGGACUGGCUGGAGGAGCGGCUGGGGGCUGUCUGUGAAGAGCUGGGGGUGUCUCGUCACGGCUGUGCAAGCUGCAGGCAGCUGAUCUCGAUGUGCGAGCAGCUGGGAUUGGAGUUGCAGGGGCUGGACGAUGUUUUUACGAAUCUGGACCCUGACAGGAUGAUGAGUGUCCAGGACUUCAUUUCUGGGGUUCUGAGGAACGGGACGCCCCCCACCCCCUCCGCCUCCACCCCCUACCGGCAGCUCAAGAGACACCUCUCCACACAGCCGUUUGACGAGAGCGGCAGGCGCACGGCCACCCCCUCGGCGAUGACCAGCACCAUCGCUCUGCGGCUCUUCUCGGGGCUGGACGACGGCUCGGGCUACACCACCGCUGAGCGGCUGCUGGACGCCUGGCAGGAGGAGGGCAUCGACAACUGCCAUGAGAUAUUGCAGGUACAGGGCUGGGAGCAGGGGAACGGGGCUCCCACUGAGGAGCAGCUUGAUCCGCUCCAGGCCCUGGAUUUCAGUCUGGACGGGAAGGUGAAUCUGAGUGAGCUGACGAUCGCGCUGGAGAAUGAGCUCCAAAUCACCAAGAAUGGGAUUCACCAGGCGGUGCUGGCCAGCUUCAAGAGUGAGAUCCGCCACCUGCUGGAGCGAGUGGACCGCGAGAUGAGGGAAAAGGGGAAGCUGCGCUCCGACCUGGACAAGGCUGACCGGCUCAAGACACAGAUGGCCACCGAGAUGGACGAACACCACCUCGCCAUCGAGCGUCUCAACGACAGCAACCUCAGGAAGCUGGAGCAGGAGUACCGGGACAGGCUGUCCGCAGUGAAAGCCGAGCUGACGAGAGACCGGGACCAGAUCCAGCAGCAAGCCAGCAAGCAGAGGUCUGAGCUGGAGAGGGAGGUGGAAAAGGUGAAGGAGGAGGAGCUGUACCUGCGAGACCGCCUCUCACUUGCACACAAGGAGAACAUGCGUCUGGAGGCAGAGCUGCUGGAGAUCACAGAGAAGCUGGUGGAAAGCGAGAACCUGGCCAGCAAGCUGCAGAGCAACCUGGAUAACAUCCUCCAAGAGAAGUUUGGUGAUCUGGACCCGGGCAGCGCAGAGUUCUUCUUGCAGGAGGAGCGAUUCAAACGCAUGCGGAGCGAGUGUGAGCAGCAGUGCAGGGAGCUGCAGGACCGUAUUGACGAGCUGCAGGCUGAGUUGGAGGAGUACUCCGCGCUGGGCAGGACAUCCCGCCCCUCCCUCGGACUGUCCCUGACCGAGGAGUUUGACAGCAAGAGCGGCGUUGGUGUGGAGUCAGACCUUGGUCUGGGUUUGGAGGAGGGUCAUCCCUUCAACAUGAGUCUGGAGGCAGAGAUGCUGGUGGAGCAGCUGAAGGAUCAGCACCAGCAGGACAUGGCGAGCGUGAGAGCCGAGCUGCAGAGCAAGGUCAGUGAGCACGAGCAGCAGGUGGAGGAGCUGAAAGCCGGCCACGCUCAGGAGCAGAGGGCGCUGGAGCAGCGGUGCCGGGAGGAGGUUGGCCGGGUCCAGAACCAAGUGCACGAGCUGCAGAGCCAGCUGGAAACCCUGGAGAAGGAGUGCGAGAGAGCGGAGCGGCUUCACAUCGAGGAGAGGGCGGAGCUGGAGCGGCGGCGAGGGGAGGAGAAGAGCCAGGCCCAGGCCAGGGCCUCCGAGCUGCAGGUCAGAGUGGAAGCCCUGGAGAGCGAGCGUGAGCGAGGAGAGGAGGAGAGGCGGGAGCUGGAGAGGCGGCACGUGGAGGAGCAAGCCAGACUGGAGGAGACCCUGCAGGAGGAGCGCGAGAGGAAGCGGGCGGAGCUGGAGGAACGAGAGGAGGAGCUUGCGGAGUUGUUUGAGCAGGAGCAAUGCUCUCUGGAGAAGAGGCACCUGGAGGCCCUGGAGGAUCUGACUCUGAAACACAGCGAGGAGAGAGAGAGGCUGACCGGCCGGCUGCAGAGCCUUGAGCAGGAGAUCCUGGAGGAGAGGAAGAAACUGGAAGGCCACUUCAACCAGAAGAUCAGAGAGGUGGAGGCCAGGUUCUCAGGAGACCAGGAGGCGAUUUCAGAGCGAUUCCGGCAGGACAUAUCCCAGCUGGAGGAACGAUAUCAACAGGAGCUCAAGGAUCUUUCGGAGCGACAUUCCGAGGAGAAGGCUCAGUGGGAAUUCGAGAAGGAGGAGCUCCUCCAUGAAGGCGAGGGAGAGCGGGAACGUCUGCAGGAGACCCUGGAGCGAGAGAAGGAAGUGGCAUCCCAGGAGCUCAUCCUAGAAAGAGACCUCCUGGAGAAGAGCCACAAAGAAGAGUUCAAUAACUUAAUCACUAAAAACCACCAGCUGCAGAAGGACCUGGAGGAUAUCGGAGCUGUGGCUCGGGGCAAAGAGAUGGAGCUCUGUGAGCUGCAGAACGAGCUUCAGGAACGGCUGGAGGCCAAGGCUGAGCUUCUGGCCCAAGCUGAGGACAAAGCCCAAAAGCUGGACCUCCUUCUUCAGCAGGCAGUGGAAGACUUUGAGCAGGAAAGGUCCGAGCUGCAGUCUCAGCUCUGCAGCUUGGAGAAGAAGACCAUGGAGGCGUGGUCCCUGUUAGAGGAAGGAACGCAGGAGAAGCAGGAGCUGGCAGCAGAGAUCCGCAAGCUGGAGACCAGAAUACAGGAGCUGGAACUGGAAACCUUGACCUUUUCAGAGGACUGCGAAGAGGCCAAGAAGCAAAAUGUGGAAAUUUUUGCCAAGGUCUCGCACCUGACUGAAAGGAUAAAGGAGCUGGAAGCUGAAGCAGAGGCGCUUGCUGGCCUGCAAAUGGAAUCCGAGCAAAUCGAAAGGGAGAAAAUCAGCUCGACCUUCAGGAUUCCUGAAGUGGAAGAACAUGUUCCCGGAGAAAUCAAGGUCAUCGAAGGAGAUGGUGAGAUGCCUGAGGUUGCUCCUCUUCAGAAGAAGAUCAAGCAGUUGGAAAAGGAGAGUAAAAUCAUUCCUCAGCUGCAGGGAGAACGCGAUCAUGCCAUGAAGGAGCGUGACGACUGCUGCACUGAGAUACUGGAGCUGAGUGAGAAACUUCAGGACCAAGGCAACCUCCGAGUUGAGUUGCAAACCAGGUUAGAGGCUGCUGAAGCAGAGAACCUGAAGCUCCGGGAGAGAAUAACUGAACUUGAAGAAGCAGUCGAUACCAGAAAGACAUCUGUUGGGGAGCAAGCUGAGAGAGACAGUGAGGAGCUCCACUUGGACAUCUCCAGGGUGAUCGAACACACCAAAGAACUGGAAGACAAAACCCUGCAAGUGAUGGAGCUCCAGAGCAUGUACGAGGAGUGCUCUCUUGAUAAGAGCAGGCUGAGGGAGGAAAAGCUGAAGCUGGAGGAGAGAGUCCAAGGUCUGGAGGAGGAGAGGGAGCAAAGAUUAGGGGACCUGGAAGAGGAGUGUGCCAGGUCUAAAACAGAAAUGAGCAGACUGGCAGAGGAGAACUCUUUUCUCCGCACUCAGAUCGGAGAGCUGAAGAAGCAAGAGGAACUGCUCAGAAACCAGCUCCAGGAGACCGAGAGCAGCAGGAAGAAGGAGGCAGCCGAGGUGAAGGCCAGGACGGAGGAGAAGCUGCAGGAUCUCAACAUCCAGCUGGAGGCCAAGAUCCAGGCCGUGUCCGAGCUGGAGGACAGCUGCGCGGAGUCUGAGCGCAGGAACGCAGAGCUGAAGAACGCCGUCUCAGACCUGCAGAAGAAAUGCCACAAAUUCCAGGAAAAAAGCCAAGCCCACAGAAGCGAGGCUAGGAGGCUGGCCGAGGAGAAUCUCUCUCUGAAACGGGAGAUCUCUACACUGAAGGAGGACGGAGGCUUCUCACAGCUGAAACUGAAGGACCUCGGCGACACUCAGGAGGAAGUGCUGCGCAAGGUGGAGCAGUUUAAGAAGGAGAAGAUGGCAGCUCUGAAGGCUGCAGAGAAUUUAAAGAAACAGGUGCUGGAGCUGCGGUCCCGUGGUCAGCAGCUGGAGAGCGAGAACGCAGAGCUGGCUCAGAAGAGCGGUCGGAACGCCGAGGACCUCGUGGAGCUGAACCGGAGAAUGUGUGAGGUGCUGCGGCACCACGAGAUCCGCGAGAACAGCCGCCGCCACCACCGGGAGGAGCUAGAGAGGGAGAGAGCUGCGCUGAGCACUGAGCUCAGCCAGGAGAGGAGCAAGAUGGCGGCGUGCAUGUCCACUCUGGAGUCUGAGCUCUCAAGGGUUGAGGAGAAGAGCCGUGUGCUUGAGCAGGAGAAGGCACUGCUGAGCCAGGAGCUGUCUGCUAUGAAAGAGAAGCUGUCGGGCUCUAGUGACCUGAAGAAGGAACUGCUCGGCGUGGUUUGCAAGAACGAGAAGCUCCAGAAAGAGAAGGAGACGCUGAGCGAGGAGCUGAACCGCUGCGUGGACAAGGUUGCGAAGAUCGGAGUGCUUGAGAACCAGCUUGCUCAGCUCAGACAGGAUCGGCAGGCAGUGGAGCAGCACGCUCAGACACUGAGGAGCCAGCUCAGCGCCUCCCUGGACAAGGUCCACAGUCUGGAAGAAGCAGUACAGAGUGUCAACCUCCAGAUGGCUCGACUGAAAUCAGACCUGCGGGUCACCCAGCAGGAAAAGGAGGCCCUCAAGCAGGAAGUGAUGUCGCUGCACAAGCAGCUGCAGAACGCCAGCGACAAGAAUCAUCUGUCCCAGUGUUGUGUAAAUGCAUGCGAAGAUGAUUUGCGAGAGUCCCAGACCCUGACUGUCUGUCUCUGUCUGUCGGAUCAGAACCAGGUUCUGGACCUGGCGGUGCAGUCGACGGGCUACCAGAACCAGCAAAAGAAGCUUUACUGGGACGAACUGGCCAGACUGGUGGAGCAGGAGCAGCAGCUGCUGAGGCAGGAGAACGAACGGCUGCAGAAAGAGGUGCAGAACACCAAGGGGGACCUGAACCACUGUCGAGAGAAGAUCCGGCAGCUGGAGGCGAUGAUCCUGACUCUGAAGCAGCAGAAGCAGCAGGGCCAGUCCAGCCUGGUGAAGGCGGUGGAGCAGGAGAAGAGCAGCCUGAAGAGGGAGCUGGAGCAGCUGCACAGGGAGCUCCUGGCAGCCAACUGCAGGGUGAGCGAGCUGAGCGACUGCAAGCGAGAUCUGGAGAGCCUGAAGGUGGAGAACGAGGCGCUGCGGAGCCGACAGGCCAGACUGGAGAGCCAGACUCUGUGUGAGCAGCUCGGAGGGCUGGUGCCGAGGGAGCAGCUGGUCCAGGCCCAGCACAGGCUGCUGCAGGGGGAGCGUCGCGGGCAGCACCGUCCCGAGGACCUGGGGGGCCGGGUGCCAGACAUCCACAUGCAGCAGGAGGGGGAUGUGCUGCUCAGGAUGGAGGAGCGGAUGAGGAAUGUCGAGCAGAAUCUCCGUAACGUCAAGCUGCUGCUUCAGGAGAAAGUCUCCCAGCUUAAGGAUCAGCUCCACAGGAACACCAAGGCGGACGAGAUGAUCAAGGACCUGUAUGUUGAGAACUCUCAGCUCCUCAAGGCUCUGGAGAUGACGGAGAAUAGGCAGAAAGUCACAGAGAAGAAGAACUACCUGCUGGAGGAGAAGAUUUCCAGCCUGAACAAGAUUGUGAGGGACCUGAGUCCCUCGCCCCUCACUGCCGUACCCUACCACCUCACUCGGUCCUAGCACGACCUUACCACCAAUGUUCUACCCAAAACCUGCAUCUAUACCACAACCCCGAAUCUACACCCCUCCUACUCUAAACUAGUCACAGCACACCCCUACCUAGGAGUGCCUACAGACCUUAAUAGUUUUUUUUUGUUAUAUAUUACUGAAUAGUAGUUCCUUUUACAAAAAAACAAAGAAAAAUACAAAACGGGUUCACUCUAGGAUCUGGCUCGGUAGACAAAAAAAUAAAAUACUUUUGCUUUUGUCCCAAUGUGUAUAAUGGCUUCCAAGGACCAAAAUGAUGUUACACUUUUAUAGUAUAUUCUCUGACUGUGGUGCUGCUCAUUUCUGUCAUUGGGUGGAGCUUUCUAGAGUGGUCCACAUCAACCACUUUUAACACGUGGCUUGUUAGUCUGGUAUAAGAAUAGAUUUUCAGAUCUGAAGAUGCACUUUAUGAUGUUUGAAGAAAUCAGUGUUUUUAACCUUGCCUGAAGCUGCCAGAGACGUUAGGCUGCCUCUUUUUGUGCGAGUCCUGAAUUUAAAGUAUUUAAAAAGAACAGACUGAACUGCCUUUAUUUGUCAUACUUUUGUUCCUCCUCCUCCUCCUACCAGUGUACAGUAUAUACAAUCCAUGGUGUAUCUGCUUUGAUAGCCACUGUAGUAUAUACAGUACAUGUCUUUAUAGCAUAAGAGAUGGUGCAUCAGUGUGGAGUUUGUAUCCAAAGGAAAUAAAUCAAUGCAUUACAAUCGAGGGUUCUACUCAAAAUAGAAAAGGAAUUGCUAUCGUUUGGCAAACGCUUGUAUAUUACCUACGGUGUACAAUAGCAAAUGCUCAAGUGCAAAAUUAAGUAAACAAUACAUCUGCACAAACUGUAUGUAAAACACAAAAUACUUUUUUUUGUUUUUCCACUGCAACAGAUGUUUCUGACCUGAAUGACUACAUGAUGAAUGGUUGAAAUUUAAGAAGAGGUGUGUGUUGAACUUAAGCAAUGUUACAGGUGCUUGUGUGCCCCGCCCCCUCUCUGCCAAGUGCCUCAGCUGCCGGUCCUACAAAGGGCUGUCCCAUUCAAUACUGCCACCAACAAGCUGUGCUCAGCUCUGCUUGAGUACUGUAACAUUCCUGGAUUGUGAUCAAACCAUUGCAUGCAUGUCGAUACUUUAACUCCUUGGGCCGUGUAUCGCAGUGUGGUGUCUCUGUUCCCAUGGUUCUCUACAAACGUCUGAUUUGAUCCUGGAAAGGACCGCAGUACCUGCUUUAGUUUUGGUUCCUGGCGGAUUUUUUCAAUGUUAAAAAAGGAAAGAAAAGACAGACACAAUGACAACAGCAACAACAAUUGAAAUACUACUACUACUAAUAAUGUUUCAAAAGGUACUUACAUGGUCAAUAUUUGCAUGGUGGGGAAAUGUAAACAAAAACAAAACCAAAAAACUGUCAAUAUCAAUGAUCCAGACGAGUGGGCAUUUCAGCAAAGCCUGGCCUGGAGGAGACAAAGCUGCUUUUAUUGGUUCCCAUUGAAGGGUUUUUACUGGAUUUGUAUAUUUGACUAUAAAUAUAUGUGUAUGUGUAUGUAUGUGUAUAUAUAUAUAUAUAUAUAUAUAGAGAGAGAGAGAGAGAGAUUUUUUCAUGAAGGUUAUUUUCUAUACUACACUCCUACAGAUAUGAUUGAAGUUGCAUUGUUGUAUAUCUUGUUUGUGAGCUUGGAGCUGUGUGGAACUGUAAAUGAGACAAAAACUGGUUCAACGCUUUCCAAUUUGCAUAA